GUGAGGUCUGUUUCCUUCGAUUGGGCCUCAGAGAAUUCGUGGACAACAAGCUCUUGGUUAUUCAGUAUCGUUCUCGAGAAAGGAGGCAGCCAGCUAGAAAAAUGAUAACCAACGGUACAUCGGCUGAAGAAAAUCCAUAUGAUGAACUCCGAGCUAUAUUGGCAGCAAGAAACACAGCCGAGUUUAUUACAGAGACAACAGUUUAUGUGAUAAUCAACCUGAUGGCUUUGUUAGGCAACAUUCUUGUCUGCUUUAUCUUCUACAAAAAUCCAAAUUUACGAAGCGUUACCUAUCUGUAUAUUUUUGCGCUUGCCAUAUCGGACGUUUUUAUGGCAGCAUUUUGCAUGCCUCUCGUCUGGGGAGUAUUGCUAGUGGGUGAAUGGAGAUACGGGGGGGUAGUGUGUGGAUUUCAUGGCUUUGCUGUGCUUUUCUUGGCAUUCGUGUCACUGCAGACCAUAGCGUUGCUAGCCUUUAAUCGGUACUGCCGAGUGGUGAAGCCGUGGUUAUUCCGCAAGAUUUUCAAGAAGAAUUUCGUCGGUUUCUCCGUACUGGCUGUAGUUUCCUCAGCCGCAUUUUUCCUUGGCUUACCUCUUGCUACAGGCUGGGGUUAUUUUCAUUUCCAUUCUGGCAAGAUUACCUGCGUAUUAGAAUUCUAUCAUCCCGCCACAGAUAAGAUUUACACCGGCAUCCUGGGGCUGGUCAAUGUCGUUGUUCCAUUUGCCGUGAUAACUUUCUGCUACACUAAAGUGUUUUUGAAAGUACGAGAGCAUCGGCAACGCUUUUCCUCAAUCACCUCCACAAACUUAAGACUGAGCGUUGAAGAAAUAAACAUCACCAAAACGUUAUUUGCCAUGGUGUUAGGCUUCACUUUGUGCUGGCUUCCUGUUUUCAUUAUCGAAUUCACUGAUGCUGUAACAGGAAAUCACUCCUUACCAAGGAAAGUGUAUCUCAUUAAUGUCUUCUUGGUUUCCAUAAGUGCUGCAAUCAACCCGGUCAUAUACGGGGUACUUAACAGAUCCUUUCGUGCAGGAUAUUGCGAAAUGUUCUCUUUUCGUGGCAGCUGCUUAAUGAGAGUCUGGAAUAUUCAAAAGGAACAAGAAAAUAACAGUAAACGUCAAAGUGCUGACACGUACAACUGACUGCAAAAUGAACUCUUUCAAUAGAAUUUGUAAUCUCUUGGAAUACAUCUUAACUAAAAAAAAGAGACAUCCAUGCACUGUUGAUUUAGAUCAUUAAGUAUGGUUCGACUUUGUGUAUGUAUCCCACAGCAAGGAGUCUUGGUUCUAAGUCGAAAUUCUAAGUUGCUAAUAGUAACCAUUAAACACAUUGAUUUUCGAAGAAGACUCUACACACGGGAAGGCGAGUUAUUCAAUGGAUUCGACCCAAUACCAACAGCUGCAGACCUACUCAGUGAUUUUUCCCUGUAAUUUUUUAACUAUUCUUGCCAUGUGCUUUGUUAAUUCCUUUUUCCUAUUAUGGCCAAAUGUUCUAAUCACAAUUCAAAAAUUAACAAAAAAACAAGGAUACUCUUACUUCAUUAAAUUGGAGGAAUUUGUUCUGCAGAAACGUUUAUUUCUGAAAUAAUUGAUAUCCUGCUAGAGUUGAAAGUGAAUGAAAUCAUAAACUUUACCUUUCAUCUUUUACGAAAUUCACAAAAUAAAGAAGGAAAGAAGUACUGAUAAAUUUAAUGUCAACAGGAGUGCAUUGAAUAACUCCAUGGGAAUUUCCAAAGAAUUUCAAUGAAAGAAAUAACCGUACAAGACAGGGGAUUGUUUUUCCCCAUAAAAUUGCUUUUCUAUUCGGCCAAUUUUUGACUGACAUUUAUCGUAAGCGCCAUCGAUUGGCAAAUAUUAGCAGAGAGUUUCAUUUAGUGUAUAUC